AUGUCGCUGCCUGACUCCCGCGGCCGCCAACUCCCGGCCCAGCCGUACGAGUACGAGGGCGAGAGCGAGGACGAGUACCAGUACCAGUCCCAGCACCAGCCCCGGCAGCAGCAGCAGCCCCGGCAGCAGCAGCAGUACCAGAAACAGCAGCAGCAGCAGCAGCAGCAGCAGCAGCAGCAGCAGCAGCACCGGCAAGGGUACCGGCCAGAGUACCAGCAUGAGUACGAGCCAGAGUACCGGCAGGAUUACCAGCAAGACUACGAGCGAGACUACGAGCGAGAGUACCAGCAGGAGUACCAGCAAGAAGACUAUGAGCGAGAGUACCAGCAAGAGUACCACCAGCAAGAAUACCAGCAAGAGUACCAGCAAGAGUACCAGCAAGAGUACCAACAAGAGUACCAGCACCAGCAAGAGUACCAGCAAGAGUACCAGCACGAGUACCACCAGAGAGAGUACCAGCACCAACCCCAACCUCAACACCUGCACGAGGAGGAGCAGCAUCGACACCAACAGCACCAACAACACCAACAGCACCAGCAGCACCAUCAGCACCAUAGCCGCUCUCCUGCCGCUGGGACUUUUGCCACCGCUGCCGCCGUCGCUCGUGGGGACGAGGACCCUGCUGCCCAUAUCCCUGCCCCCACUGCGGGUGCAACCAGUGUAGCCGCCAACGCUACUGCUUCGAGUGCCAAGGCACAUAUUGACACUGCUCACACUGCUGCUCACACUACGCAAACGCCUACUUCCGCAACCUCCUUCUCCUACAUCACCGCCUCCUCCUCCUCCUCAUCGCCCGUUGUCCAGCAAAUCGUCCAUGACAGCCCCAUAGCUGGCCGCUUCGGCAAAUCCUCCCCGGUGACGUCCGCCGGGUCGCUUUCCCAUUCGACCUCUCCCAGAUCUCCACGGCUGCCCCUCUCCCAUCCGCUGUCUCCCGCGAGCGACCUGGCGACUCCUCCGUCGAGCACUGGCUCUCGAUUUCCUGCCGUGGCCUCGAUUCUCCGUCGAGAAGUGCCUACUGGCCAGCCGACUUCUGCUACCGUGUCGCCCUUGUUUUCAUCUGCGGGCCGGACGGCCUCGAUCGGCGAUUCGGUCAAGCAUCCGAGUUCGGAGGAAAAAGGACCUAGAUUCGUCCCCACCGACGCCCCGAAUGACCUUCGAAGCACCCCCCAGUCCGUAGAAUCGACGAAGCCUUUGCGACGCCCUUCACCCCCCCAACCGCCUUUGCGAAUGGCGUCCAAGCCCCCGAUGGCGAACCCGAUGGCGACGGCACCGAGCGAAUCGUCCAGGGGCAUCCCGCGAAAUUCCUCCAUAAACACGGCGAUAUACGCCGCCUCCUCCUCCAUGUCCUCUUCCGAACAUGGUUCGCAGAAUGUCCAAAAGAGAAGCACCGACAUGGCGAGCAUCAUCAAGGCGGCCGGAAGCCCCGAAGCCGUCAUCGAACACCUCUUGAGGGAAAAGCAGUCGCAGUCGCAGCAGAACACGCAGCUAUGGAGACUGGUCGACAAGCAGAGAUCCAUGAUCUUGGGUCUCAACACGGACCUCGAGGCGGCCUUGAAGGACAAGGAAAAGUACAGAAAGAAGCUCAAGGAGCUCAUGGCCGCCCCCGCCGCCCCGAGGGCCGCUGCUGGUCAGCACGGCGAAGCCAUCCCACCCAGACCCAACGGGCCCCGUGAAAACCCCGCCCACCGCCCGAGCGCCGAAGAGGCGGAGCCGAGGUCGGCCAUGUCUCCAUCCUCACCCAGUGAAGAUUCCGACGGCCCAAAGGACUCGCCCGUCGACAUAUCCAUGGCGCCGUAUCCGAUUACGCCGCCUGCUGACAGACAGCACGAGCCAUCCUUGACUGUCGGCGAGAUGCUGGAUGACAAAAACUCCGUGUCGAAACCACAAGAGUACACCGUCAGCCCGUUGGAUGAGGAACCGGACCACGGCGCCUUCGACCGGCCGCCGCCGAGGGAGAUGGCCGAUGCCCAGUCGCGGGAGAUGGCCGGCGUCCAGCCGAGGGAGCUGCAACCAAACACCUUCCUGCCUCCGUCGAGAAGUUACCCGAGCCUGCCACCAAAAGUACCUCCCCCGAUGCCGCCCACGGCCGCUCCGCCACCCAUCAACCUGUCGAAGCCGUUGCCGUUGCCGCGGCCGGACGAGGAGGACGAGACGGACGAGGACAUGACGCAUUUCCCCGCGCCGCCACGGAAGCCUCCGCCAGCACCUCUGCAGCUGAAGCAGCAGCUCCGACCGCCGGUUCUGGUGCAGCCGGAGGACGAUGACACAGAGUCGGACUAUGACGAUGUUCUCGAAGUUGGCCAGCCGGGAGACGAGCUGCGUGGCCGACGCAAGACCCGCGAGGAGGAUGACCGGGAGCGAGGCGUCAUGGCCUUCAAGGACACGCAGGAACGAAGCGCUCCGCAGCAGGUUGCCGCGAACGAUGCGGGAUCCACCGACGAGGAGGCACCGUCUCCCAUCUCGAAGACCAUCCCACCUCGUCGAGCAUCUCUCGGUGCGUCCGUCUCCCUUGAUGCCGUGCUUCACGGGGACCGCAGAAAGGAGAUGGGUGCUCCGCUCUUGAGCCCCGGCCUGCCUGCCAGCCCGCGUCCGUUGGGUGUCCCUGGGAAGUUGACCGCUUCGGCAUCCUUGUCUCCUCGGCCUCCACGCCAGCCCAUUCCCCUCCCCGCAGGUGCCGUCCCGGCUGCCGCCUCGAAAGUGUCGGCUGGAGACCUCUCGAGGGCGCUACCAUCGCUGCCGACGGAGCAGUCUCCCGCCUCCGAAACCCACACCGGCGCCGCCGAGCGAACCGAGAUCUGCCGGGAUCUCGUGACGGAAGAGUACCCGGAUCUGCUUCUGCCGCCCAAUGCCCUGCCGUCCAUUCAGGUCAGAGUUGCCUCCUCCCGCCUGAAGCCGUCGAUGGCCAGCUUGAUGUCCACGACUCAGCUUGAAGAGGACCCCGUCUUCACUCUCGCCAUCACUUCCCGAGCCGACCGCGGUGAGCUGUGGCGCGUGGAAAAGGACAUUGCUUCCUUGGGAAAGCUCGAUCAGCGACUGAAGCAGUGCUCGGCCGUCAAAGCCAAGACGCCCGAUCGCUCCCUCUUCAGCGGCCAUGCGCCGGCGAAGCUGGACGCGAGGCGCCAGGCUCUGGAGCAGUACAUGGACGAGCUUCUCGACACGCCGCUCGACAUCGCGACUGCCGUGGAGCUGUGCAGGUACCUAUCGACGAAUGCGCUGCCUCCAAACGUCGACGAGUCGACGUCCGCCAUGACGGCAUUCUCCGAGAAUAGCACCCAGCUCGCCGGCGCCGACGGUCGGCCCACCCGCAGCGGCUACCUGACCAAGAAGGGCAAGAACUUUGGUGGCUGGAAGGCUCGCUUCUUCGUCAUGGACGGCCCUCAGCUCAAGUACUACGAAUCUCCCGGCGGCGCUCACCUGGGGACCAUCAAGCUGCAGCACGCGCAGAUCGGGAAGCAGGCGCCGCACGUCGAAGCCCAGUCUCCGGUCCGGGCGGCCAGCGACGACGAGCUCGACAACCAGUAUCGCCACGCCUUCCUCGUGCUGGAGCCGAAGAAGAAAGACUCGAGCAGCCACGUCAAGCAUGUGCUGUGUGCCGAGAGCGACAGGGAGCGAGACAUGUGGGUCGACGUCCUGCUGCAGUGGAUCGACAACGACGGCGGCGACGCGCAGGGCUCGAAGCUUGCCAUGUCCAACGAGUUCCAACCGGCCGGCCAGGAGGCCAGGAAGGGCAACCAGGUCAAGGCUCCGCACCAGCUGGCGGAUGCGGAUGCGGAUGCCUUCGUCGGCGUCCGAUACGAUUCCACGCAUGCGGGAGAAACGCCGCAAGGUGCGCCCGGCGCACUCAAGGCCGGCGGCACGCUCGCCGAGAACCAGAGCUCUCAGAACCUGGCCGGCGAUACGACGAGUUUUCAGGCGAGCAAGACGAUAUCGGGGCCGAAGGAUCCUCAGGUCAUCUCGGACUCGACCGCCUGGGGCAAGAAGCCGGGCCUGGCCAUCCCGCCACCGACGGACGAGAGGAAGGUGAAGAAGCGAAGCUUCUUCGGCUUCGGCGGCAAGACGCGCUCGUCCUCGGACGGCCAGGACUCCAUGUUCGGCGGCAGCGAUGCUGGAUCGGCCGCGACGCCGCCGCAGGGUUCAUAUCACGGACCCGUCCGCCAAGUUUUCGGCGCACCGCUGGCCGAGGCGGUGCGCUUCAACGCACCGCUGGAUGUCAACGUGCCGGUGCCUUCGGUCGUGUACCGAUGCAUCCAGUACCUCGACAGCAACGAUGCUCUGCUAGAGGAAGGCAUCUUCCGGCUGAGCGGUUCCAACGUGGUCAUCAAGCAACUCCGUGAACGCUUCAACACCGAGGGCGACAUCAACCUGGUCACGGACGAGCAGUACUACGACAUUCACGCCAUCGCCUCUCUGUUGAAGCUCUAUCUGCGUGAGCUGCCGACGACGAUCCUUACGAGGGAUCUCCAUCUCGACUUCAUGUCGACGAUGGAGAUUCCGGACCACGAGGAGAAGAUUGCCGUCCUUCGCGACCUGGCCCAGAAGCUGCCGCAAGCCAACGCGACGCUGCUAAAGUACCUCAUCUCGUUCCUCAUCAAGGUCAUCAACAAUGCCGACGUCAACAAGAUGACUGUCCGCAACGUCGGCAUCGUCUUCUCGCCAACGCUGAACAUUCCGGCGCCCAUCUUUGCCGUAAUCCUGCAGAACUACGAAGCCAUCUUCGACAUCGACCCCGAAACGUACGAGCUUCCGUCGCCCGUGUCCGAAUCCGAGUCGUUGCAGCCGACACGAUUAGAGCCCCGUCCCGACCUUCAGGCUCGGCCGUCGACGGCAUCGGGCGGCGGGUCGCCCCACCGUCAAGGGCGCAUAGAGUCGAUGAGGGACCGGCCGCGACAGACGCCGACGCCGCCUCUCCUGCAGAACCUGCAGGUUGCGAGGGGUUCGCCCACGCCACCCUCGGGCGCUUCACGCCAGCACUACGACCUGGGGAGUCACCAUCAGCACGGCGCGGCGUCGGGCGGCCCGCUCCGGCCGGCGUACGAGAGUGCGUACGGCCUCUCUCAAGGCCACGAAGGCCACGGCUACAACCCGGCGCAGCGCGCCACAUCCGGCUAUGAAAGGCCGCCGUAUACGUCGGCUGCCGGGGAACACGACGACGGAAUUCAAGCACCGGAGCAGCCACCUCGGUCGAGCUCUAGCCGACGCGAGAGCUCCAUGCUCCACGGGUCCAUGAUGGCAUUGCCACACCAAGGAUCGGGAAGUCGCCUCCGCGAGGAAUCCCACUACUGA